CGGAGAGCGGCUCGUGGGGCAGCAGGAGGAGGGGUCGGUGCGCGUGCAAGUGCUGGUCUGCCCCUGGCUGCUGAGCCCAUCGCGGCACGCACGCGCCUGCCGCUCCCUCUCCCCGGCGGGCAGGGCAGAGCGGCUCGGGACCGGAGGGCAAGAUGAGGUGGACAGCUGUCCUAGUACAACAGUGUGUUCUGCUGGUGACAUACCUCCUAAUCACUUUGGAAGCAGUGCCUAUAGACAUAGACAAGACAAAAGUGAAAGGAGAACCCCAUGUAGAAGGAGAGAAAGUAGAAAACCCAGAUACUGGACUUUAUUAUGAUGAAUAUCUCAGGCAAGUGAUAGAUGUCUUAGAAACAGAUAAGCAUUUCAGAGAGAAACUUCAGACUGCUGACAUAGAGGAAAUAAAGAAUGGAAAGCUAAGCAAAGAGCUAGAUUUAGUAAGCCACCAUGUCAGAACAAGACUGGAUGAACUGAAAAGACAAGAGGUGGCAAGGUUAAGGAUGUUAAUUAAAGCUAAAAUGGAUUCCAUUCAAGACACUGGCAUAGACCAUCAAGCACUUCUUAAACAGUUUGAACAUCUCAACCAUCAGAAUCCUGACAAGUUCGAACCUAAAGAUUUAGACAUGUUGAUCAAAGCAGCUACAAGUGACCUGGAAAACUAUGACAAGACACGCCAUGAGGAAUUUAAGAAAUAUGAGAUGAUGAAAGAACAUGAGAGGAGAGAAUAUUUAAAAACGCUGAACGAAGAGAAGAGACGGGAGGAGGAAUCCAAAUAUGAGGAGCAGAAGAAAAAACAUGGAGACCACCCUAAAAUUAAUCAUCCUGGUAGCAAAGACCAACUGAAAGAGGUAUGGGAGGAAGCAGAUGGGCUAGAUCCUAAUGACUUUGACCCAAAGACCUUUUUCAAGUUACAUGAUGUCAAUAAUGAUGGCUUCCUGGAUGAGCAAGAAUUAGAAGCCCUGUUUACUAAAGAGCUGGAGAAAGUCUAUGACCCCAAAAAUGAAGAAGAUGACAUGGUAGAAAUGGAAGAAGAAAGGCUAAGAAUGAGAGAGCAUGUCAUGAAUGAGGUUGACCUCGACAAGGACCGAUUAGUAACUUUGGAAGAGUUCCUGAAAGCUACAGAGAAGAAAGAAUUUUUGGAGCCAGAUAGCUGGGAGACACUGGAUCAGCAGCAACUUUUCACUGAAGAGGAGCUAAAGGAAUUUGAAAGCCAUAUUUCUCAGCAGGAAGAUGAGCUCAGGAAGAAGGCAGAGGAUCUUCAAAAACAGAAGGAAGAGCUACAGAGACAACAUGACCAGCUUCAGGCUCAGAAACAAGAACUUCAGCAGGUUGUACAACAGAUGGAGCAGAAGAAGCUUCAGCAAGGAAAUCCUGCAUCAGGACCAGCUGGGGAACUAAAAUUCCAGCCCCCUGAGGAACACCCAGUUGGAAAUGCACAAAACCAUCCUGCAGGAGGUGCUCAGCUUUUACCACCAGGACACGUGCCAGUUCAAGAAGCAGCUGCUAGAAAUGAUCAUGUUCAGAUUCACCCUUAACCACUGUGCCUCAACUUUAUACCGUCUUUAAUAUUUUGUGGGUGGGGACAGCGACUGAAACAAAAUCAGAGUUCAUAUCAGAAAUAUCAACUCUCCACUUUCUUCCCCUGAAGAUAAUAAAGUCAUUGAGAACGUUA